AAAAAAAAAACUUUAUUUUGUAAGGAAAAAAAUAAGCAAAGUGAUGGGUCGGUUCAGGUCACUGACUCUCUUGACCCAAAACAAAAGGGCCCAAGAGCCGUCCGUACGUCUCCGUCUCCAGCCAAUAGAGAGAUAGAGAGAGAGAGAGAGGAUUGGUGCUCGCACGCUAUUAAUAUCUUUCCUUCGCCUACACUCUCGCCGUUUCUCUUUUUUAACUCCGACAUUGUUCUUCCGUCAGUAUCUUCGCCGGAAAAUCUUUCACCGGAGGGAAGCCUGUGAAGCAAAUCUCCUUUUUUUGAGUUUUAAAAAAUCAUGUCAAGGCCUGCUCAGCUUCCUCCUCGUUGCCCCAUUCCAAAGAAGCUCUCUUUGAAUCCGUUUGCAGACACCUACUACUCUUCUUCUUCCCCCGUUGAGUCAUACAUUGCCCAUCACAAGCCUCCCACUCAAGACUCCACGCUCGAGGAACAACCAGCUUGGCUCGAUGAGCUGCUGCGUGACAAAACUGAUGGGAUGAUGCUGCUCACUGGUGGUGGAGGAGGAGGAGGUCCUCCUCCUCCUCUGCCUCUGCGCCGCUCAGCUAGCGACUCGGUUGUGCUGCUGGGAGACAUCUCGGCGGAUUUUGCUGCUGGUUUUAAUCAAAGCGAGGAUGAAGAGAGUUUGACUUCUGAAGCUUGUGGGGAGUUGGAGUCAGCUUGUGUGUAUGGUCCCAACUCGCCUAGGGCAAAGAACAGCUCAAACUUCUCUGACAACCCUAUUGCUUCUGCUUUCUCGGAUUAUGGUUCUCAGAAAGCUCGUCAGAACUCGGAUGAUGCUUUGAAAGGAAGCAAUGUUCCACCUGUGGAAGAAAAUGCUUGCGGUUCAAUGGGCGUACCGAAUGCCAAAAGGAACCCAGGACAGCGUUCGAGAGUUCGUAAGCUCCAGUACAUUGCUGAACUUGAGAGGAGGGUAUCCAUGCUGCAGGCAGUGGAAGCGGAUUUAUCAGUGAGAGUGGCUUCACUUGUUCAGACACGUGCAACACUGUCCUUGGAGAAUAGCCAGAUGAAGCAGCAGAUGGCGAUACUAAAGCAGGACAAGCUCAUAAGAGAAGGUGAAUACCAGUUACUAAAGAAGGAAGCUCAGAGAUUGAACUCCAGAUUGAGAAACAUUGGGAGCAACAACAACAACAGGCUGGCCAGGUCAUAUUCUGCCGGUUCAAGUAUAGGUCCAAGGACUGCUUCGUCACAUUUGGACUGGAACUUGCUGGACCUGACCAAACUCAAUCUCAACUAAAGACAAGAACCCCCCAUCCUCUCACAAGAAGAAUAAGUAGCUUGAGGAUGACGGUUCUAUGUUUUGAGAAAAAGGACAAAUCUUUUUCCGAUUUGUAUAAAAAGCAUCCAACUCUCUGGGUCGAGAGUAUUAGACGUAGUCUGAUGCUCUAACACUAAUAUGUUGCAAUUUCGGGAUUCUAAUGUUGUAAUCAUAGUUUAGUGAGUUAUGCUGGA